AUGUCGUCUUCGCACCCAGUGCUCAGACCAACAGCUAAAACGAAGCCCACCCUACUCACACCUGAUGGGGAACCAAAGCCGAAGAAGAAGAUUGUGAAGAAGAUCCGGGCAAAGAGCGCGCAGCCUGAGUCCGAUGAGAAUGCUGCUCCUCCACCUCCGCCUCCCCCACCGGCCAUGGCCCCACCACCUCCUCCUCCGUCAUCACUACUAGCACCACCCUCGGCUGGCCUUAAAAAAGCCACGUCAAACCCGAACCUGUCGAAGUUGGGCGGAAAGAACCCGCAGCAGAUGGAUUUGGACGACUUCUUGAAAUCGGUCAGAGGCGGCAUAAAACUGCGAAAGACGGUAACCAACGACAAGUCGGGGCUGAUCGUCGACGACACGAUGCUGGAGGGCGGGCUUUUCAAGAAGGAGGAGCGUAACGAGCACCUCCUCAGCACCACCUCCCCCUCCUCCACCACCACACCAUGUCUCGCCCCGCCUCCACCGCCCCUGCCCGGAGCUUCACCCGGCUCCUCGCCACGACCAGAGAGGAAGGAGAUCACCAACAAGGCUCUCUUAAACCUCGGAGGGAAGACGAGCAACCAGGUCGAUUUGGGACAGUUUUUGACGUCGAUAAAGGGUGGAAUCAAACUACGAAAAACAGAAACCUCUGAUAAAUCCGGGCUGAUUGUCGACGACACGAUGCUGGAGGGAGGGCUGUUUCAGAAGAAGGAGGGUGCCAUUCCCGAAUUUACAUUGCCCGACUUCCCACCAGCCCGCUCCCCCGUCCCGCCGCCACCCCCACCAGGACCGCCGCCUCCUCCAGGGGAUGGCCCUGAAAUCACUGAAGAAGAAGCGGCUGCCCUGCUCGAAGAGCUCGACAACCCGAAGCCAAAGAAGGUCGAGCCGAAAAAGCCCGACCCCCCACCAGAGCCCAAAAAGCCCGACUUUGCCUUCGAUGAGAAAAACCUGCACAUCACCGCCGACGACAUCGCCAAGGAGGUCAAGAAGGGGACGACGGCCGGGAUGAAGGCCCUUUGGGACAAGCAACAGGAUCAGUCUCCACAGCUUCAGACACGGAUUCUACCGCUCGAUCAGAGGAUGCCGGUUAGGCGAAAAUUCACCCUUGCCAAAGAAGAGUCCGAGGAGGAGGAAGAGGAGGAAGAGGUCGUCACCAAAAAAACGAUAGCCCCAGCCGCCACAGCCAGGAAAGACAGCAAGGGCACCGACGUCGCCAAGGAGAUUAAGCGGCUGAGGAAUGCCAAGCUGAAGAAGAAGGAGCAAUCUAUCGAUAUGCCUGACCUCUCUGAGGCUGAUGCGGCUGCACUGCUAGAAGAGCUCGAGGCGGAUGAGGAGGAGAGGCAAAAGGAGAAGAAGGCCGCCAAGGAUUGGAAGAAUUCGUUGACGGCUCCGGGCAGGAUUUUGAGAGCGAGUAGUACACCACCGGCUCCCGCCUCUGAUGAACGGGUAGGAUUUGAUGAGAAGAGCUUGGUCACGACGAAGGAAGAUAUCGAAAAGGAAAUCCCGAUCGGUGCUGCUCGUGGCAUGAAAGCGCUGUGGGACCAGAACGGGCAGUCCGGGUUCAUGAACAACAAGGCUCAAGCCCCAGUGCCCCGGAUACGGUUACAGGACACUUUUGUGAGACGGGAGGAGGAAGGGGAGGAGCGGAGAGAUAGCAAGAAGACGCUGGCACCGGUGGAGAGGAAGAAGAGGACGUUGAAGAAGCAGGAUUCCGACUUCGAGAUGCCGGACAUCUCGGAAGCGGAAGCAGCCAGAUUGUUGGAGGAGAUGGAGAAGGAUUCGGAUGAUGAGGACCGCUCCAAAGCCGAUGCCUGCUACGACGAGAAGAGUCUGCACAUCUCGAGGGCCGACCUGGAGAAGGAGAUCCCAACCGGAAAAGCUGCCGGAAUUAGGGCCAUGUUCGAUCCGUCCAAUGGCGGGUACCAGCGUGCAGCCUCAGCACAACCGGAGCUCGGCUGCCCCAAGCGGAUACUUCGUGAUACCUUUGUCAGGCAAGACUCCGACUCGGACAUCCCGGCAGAAAGUGAUGCGGACUUUGUCGGUGAUCUGGGCAAGAUCAGAAAGGAGGACAUCGAAGCCGAGGUCCCGCGUGGAACAGCUGCAAAACUGGCGUCACUAUGGGCCAACAAGGAAACGACGAAGGAUUUGAUUGGUGCCCCGCAACGAACCAUCAACCGUUUGAAGACGCCUGAGCCGCAGCCGGCUAAGGUCGAGCCCAAUAAUAAUCAGAUCAAUGGCCGCGCCUCACCUCAACCAACGAAAUGGGCACCGGUACAGACGAGUGGAUUGGCCAGGCAGAAACAGAUCGGCGAGACCCCUCGAGCUGGCUCUGUGCUGAGAGAUGCACCGGAAGUAAAACCCGCCAAAGUCGAAAAGCCAAAAGUGGAGGAGAAGAAGGCGGAGAAGGUCGAGGAGAAGACGACAAGAAAGAGGUCCAUCAAGAAGAAAAAAUCCGAUGCCACGCAACCUGCCCCCAGCUUUGCCGUUGAGCCGAAGAAGGACCCAAAAACCCCGGCCACCACUACCGUAUUGCCGAAAAAGGUUGAGGAGAAGGUGGAUGAGAAAAAGGCCGAACCGAAGCCGUUAUCAGCCAAGGCCGAGGCGGCAAGGAAAAAAUUCGAGCCCGUCCCCUCUGCCAACCCGAUGUCGUUUGCCGUAGAGCCGAAGAAGCCGUCGGAUAGGACGGUGUCAGAAGCCGGAAAGAAGAAAAUGGAAGGCAUGGAGAAGAAGCCGAGCAAGGAGAAGAAGGAGGAGAGCAAGCUGAAGAGGGGCGACUCCAAGAGGGGAUCGCAUAAGAGGAAAGAAAAACCCACUGCCAAAGUGGCCCCAGCCGUCGCGAAGGCCGACGAGCCGAAACCCACAGUGAAUCCUGUCGUCGACAAGAAAGUCGGGCCGGCACCGAAAACCACCGUAACCCGGCCGCCUGUCACCGGCACGGUCAAAUCGGCCACUGACGGCGUCUUGAAGCCGACCAGCCGUCCCUUUUUCCUCAAUAAACGCCAGGAUUCGGUGACAAAGCCCGAGCCCCCGUCUACUACGGCUUCAAAAACGACGUCAGCAAGCAGUACAGCCGCCGCUGCCACUGCAAGACCCGUCGCCAAGCCGGCAUCAGCUAGCAGCACAACUGCAAUCCCAACGACGACUUCAAAAAUUGUCCAAAGGACGGCCCCGGUGACGAACACCGACUCCAGCACCGGUACCACCAAAACGACGUUGACAAUUAAGACGGAGGUUUCCGCUUGCUCGGACGUGUUCGCCUUGGGGCCGCGGUUGAUUUGCGAUACGGUGGAUGUGGGCACGGAUCCGUUACGGUACCUCGAGGUGCCGGUGACACUCGAUUGGGCUACGGCCCAUUUCGCCAAAUUCAUUAAUCUAUCCGCUGUGGAGUACCUUGGGAAACAAUCCCUGUUGGUUACGGUAGUUGGGGUGAUUCUUAGGGGU